GAACAUCAGGCCGCGAGGGAAAGCAUGAAGUUGCUAAUCAUCCAGGCCUGGAUAACAGAGGUCGAGGGAGAUCUCCUCGGAUUCGUCUUCGGAGCAGUAGAGCCAAGCCAUCUGCAGACGAUCGUGUGGGAACUCACGAUCCCUCUUGCGCAGCUCGUCGACGACCUCCCCCUUGACAUCAUAUCGCGGUGUGACGAAAGUCGAGUGCCCCACGUCCUUCCCCGAAGAUUAACGUUGUACUUACAGUGGUCAGCCUGCCUGGAGGAUCGAACGGGAGGUGGCAGCUACCCAUCGCGCGCAGAGUACCUGAACCCCCGAGCGAUCAUUGACAUCCUCUUCUUUUCGCCCCGAACGGUGGUAGAGGAAAGAGUUGUGGAGGAGGAAGCGGAGGUGGAAGACGAAAGCGGGGAGGAAACCUCGGAGGAAGAAGGAAGCUACAACGAGUACAGUGAGGAAGAAUCGGGAGGAGAAGGAGAAGAAGAGGAAGAAGAUCAGCUGGAGGAAGAGGAGGAAUCUGAGUGGGAGACCCUGGGUGAAGAGGUGGAUCGCGCAAAAGCUCAGGAGGAGGAUCCCAAGGCGGCACGAAGGAGAGAGGAGAUCGCGCCCAGGAAGCAGCCGCUGGAGUUCGCGAGUGGUGCAGAUCUGUCGAUGUCGGACAACCCGACCAAGGAUCCAGAGGCGCCCAAGAACGAUGAUGGGGACCCUACUGCCGAGACUUCGAGCGCACUGACGCGCAGGCGAUGGAGCCGAUCCCGAUCCCCCUCCCCCCGUCCCCCAGUUCGACCACGUGUCGAUGCGGGGCAUCGGGCUUCGUCCCCGGUCGUUAUCCCGCCGUCCCCUUGAUUACCUCGCCCUCCGUCGGAUUACCAUCCCGGUCUCUUUCCCCCACAGCCUCUUCCCUACUGACACUUUCCGCCACUUCCACACUA